AUGGCCCCUGCAUCCAAAAAGUCGCUUGUGGCAGUACUUUCUGCUCAGCGACAUCGUCCACCUAAAAAGUUCCUGCCGUCCUUGAUCACUGAUGUUUACGAUAAGGUAAAAUCUCACACUGACCUCGACAACCUCCAAGAAGGAUACCUCCAAAACGUGGCCUGGAAGUUCUUUCACGCUGAUGUGACCAACAACCACGUUGAAUUAAUUCUUGCUAUUGUCUUCUAUACCUCAGUGGUUGGCAGGAGUCAAAGCCAAUGGUCCCUUUUGUCCCUGGAUAGUGAAAAACUCAAUACCUUGCUACAGCGAGUUUUACAGACCACAUUGAACGCCUUGGACGAGCUGAUCGUGGACUUUGAAUACUUGAGUUACGUCUUUUUGAGUGUGGUUCUACGCAAUGAUCCAGAGGCUUUGAUGAAGCAUGAACUUUUCGAUAGAUGGUUGGACUCUAUACUAGAAAGUUAUACGAACCACUUCUUGAGUGGGGAGUUCUCGGUGACCAGUGCCAAAACGGCAUCAGCUUUGGUUUACCUCCUUGGUGUUGCACGAGUUGAAAAAGCCGAUGCUAUUUCUGAAGCAGUUGACUCAAGGUGCUUCCUUUCAGUUUUUGCCAAUUGCGAAGAUCCCCAACUCAAACAUCUAAUCGACAUUCAGUCUGAGGAACCAAGCUUUUCCCAAUUCUCAAAGCUUCAGGAGAAAGCGAGGGAACUAGGGUUUGGCCUUCUCGGUGACUGUCUACUGCCAUACGACCUAACGAGGUCGGACUUGGUGGAAAAUCUCGUGGACUUGGAUUUCGAGAAACUUAAGAAAUUCGCCGGAGUGUUAGGGUACGAAGGUGAUAUUGAAGAUCCUGACUUUCUUGCAGAUGUGGUCAUCCGCAAAGCUGUUCCUCAAUUGAAAGAACAAUCUAUUUCAGAGCUUGAACUUUUUGAUCUGUUCAAUCACCCACCCACGCUUGGUUUACAAAUCCCCGCAUACUUUGCAUCUGACGAUCAUUUGAAAACCUGGGAAUAUCAACUCUUCUCCUCCAUCAACCGUCAUCUUCAGCAGUGUCUCCAGAGACUCAAUAUCACCAAAGACGGCAUUCAAGGAACAAGCAGGUACUACUCGGCUGUUGAGAAAUCGGAAGGUAAGGGUUCAGAUCUAGAGCUUUCCUUACUGUCUGGAAGAAAGGAUGUUCGUCAAGGUGACUAUGUUGUCCUUCUUCACCUUGAAAAACCUGUGAAGCACGAGCACUUCUCCCGAGUAUGCAAGUACGGACUAAUGAAAGCAAGACUUGUCGAAGUCAAAGCAGUAUCACAAAAGGCAUUGACUGUGAGUCUUGCAGAGGAGAACCGCCCUUACAACGGACUCAUCACAUUGCCUUCCCUCCACAAUGUCCGCUUGUUACCUUCCCUUGAAGAGUCGAAUAUUGAUUUGUUAAAGAGCAAGACAGUGGAGAGACUCUGGAAGGUUGAAGGCAUUCACGAAAGCUUCACCACUUCUACUAAGAAGAGAAGAAAGGACAACGAGAACCUGACGAUCAUCGACUACAAAGCAUCAAAAUUCGAGAUAUCCGAUUCCGACAAGAAUCUUUCUGAAGACCAAUCUCGGGCUCUCCUAGAGAUUCUUUCAUCCCUGGUAUCAUACAUAAGCUGUCUCCCACAUUCAGGAGGUGAUACCUUGGUCAGGACAUUUCUCGAGACUAUCUACAUCAAUCAAGGCGUAUCAGAACGCUGCCUUGUCAUUCUUCCAACAACCUUUCAUCUCGAGAGGUUAAGCCUCACAGAUAGGUUGGUUCCAGUGACAUACAAAUGUGGAGACAUUCACAGUACUCGUUCAAAGGCUGAUAAGCUUCUUCGACACGUUGGUGAACUCGCCAAAUACCUCCAACUCGAGGACUUUGAUUUCACCUCCUCCUUGAGGAACGCUAUUGUAUUCUAUGACUCCCAAAUCAAACCUCGCUGGGAUGAGUAUCUCAAGACAUUAAAAGAAACCUUCCCCUCGGUCUUGAAAUACCCUUUUGCAUCGCUUCAGUUCGAGAAGGACACUCCUGUGAAGGACGCUCUAGAUGCUGUGGUGAAGCACUAUCAUGGAAUCAAAGGCACGUUUGCACAGAUCCAGCGUCUACUUCCAUUGGAUAAGGCAGACAUUGAAAGAUAUCCGGAUGAUGCAGAAAAAGCGAUUAGUUCAUUGCAUCCCUUUGUCGUCUGUGCUUCUGAUUCAGUUCACCUAGUGGGAAAUAGCUUCAAGCAUGUCAUCUCCUUUGUUGGAGCAGAGACUGAAGCCGUUGUGACGCAGGAUACAGAGAGGGUGGUUUUCUUUGGAGAUUCAAAUCCACUUAAUUUGCAACCCCUCGUAUUACUUGAAGAGCUGGGAAGUGUGAGACCUGAAAUUGCCAGUUUGGUUGGAAAACGAACAACAGCUGAACCUUCUUACAAUCCUGGUUUACAGAAAACCACCAUGAUGAUCAAAGUGCCUUCUUCGGAGAAACAAGUCAAUGUUGAUGAAGCUACAUUCAUCGUGGGCCUUUAUCAGUUCAUGCGGCUUUUGGGAUAUCGCCAUGAGGACAUAAGUCUUGUGGUGACAUCUCCCUACAUGAAGCUUCUCGUGGAGGAGAUCCUCGAAGGUAAAGAAAUCCGCAAAGGAAGCCGUCCAGGCACUUCUUCAUUUGAGUUUGGCUGGCCUGUUAUCCAGCUUGCAUCUGAGCCAUUGGUUCCAUCAAAAUAUGUGCUUUUUUCUACACACGGCGACCUCAGCUUCAAGGACUUCAAGAAUGCCGUUAUCAGUUCGUCCCUUGGCUUCUAUGCUUUUGGCAGCCUUGUUAUACCACCUUUUGACAAACCAUCCACUUUGAGUAUCUACACUGGAGCCAAUCUUUCGGAGAAUAUUGACGAUAGAGAAACCGGUCAGAAGCACCAUAUUAUAGAGGAUUCUGAACAUAUGGCCGGGUACGUGGAUCAAAUUCUACAGGCUAAAAGGGCACAAGGGACUCAGCAGGAAAGUGCGUGA